CUCUGGCCGUGCUUGUUUCCGCCUGAUGGGAGCAAACGCGGCUACCUACAAUCUUUGUGAAGAAAGGGGUAUUCUCUGUUCUCUUUCACGCCACCCGCAAGUUAUGAUGAAGCCGGAGCGGCGCACCCCCAUGUAAAACAGACACCCAGCCCUUAUUCUUUUCUCUCCCUCGUCCUAGCGAGACGGAGAGCGCGCUUGUCACAGGAAGGGCAUCCCAGAAUCCGAAUCCGUUACUAAGAGAGCGCGGCGGCGACCAACCGACGGUAUGCAGGCCGGCCGCUUCUUUCCUCCGCCCAGCCCUCAGCUAGGGAGAGAAGCCGGAGAAGACGCAGGCUGGCCUGCAGCUCCCUCUGCUGACAGUUGGCCGCCUUUUCUCAGGCAAAUCUCCAAGGAGGGCAAAGACCGCGGAUGUUCUGAAGGCAGCCGCGGAUGUCCUGAAGGCAGCCGCCUAACCGAGAUUUGAUCUACAAUUUGCAUGGAAUCAGAUGGUAGAAUUCUGGAUUGCACCACUUCAAAUUGCAGCUUCUGAAGACAUCAUCAAUUGCUUCAUCAACAGCCUGAUCCGCCUUUCAAUGAAUCUGUAGUAUUUACAAUUAAAUCAAUUCAUAAUAAUAGAAGAGCAGAACACUAUUGAACAUUUAUUUCUAAUUCUACAAUGAAGAUACCCAGUUGCAGAAAGCCUGAAGGCACACCACCUGCUAUUAUUUCAGGCUACGGCAGAAGAGAUCCCAAAAUAUGUGACAAAAUUCCUACGCAUUGAAGUGGAACAUUUUCUGGAUUAUGGAUUAUUAUGUUACUAAUGUGGGCUGAAACACAUUCUGUACACUGAAAGCUGGGUGGCAGAAGAAUCAACUAUGCAUCAUCUCUUUGGGCUAGUUUUGGGACAAAGGGAUCUUUCACGUGCAGGGGACCUCUUCUCCUUAGACGAUUCUGAAAUAGAAGGAUGCCUGUCGGAAACUCUCAAGGAAAUAAAAAUAAUUAGUUCGUCUCCAGACUACAAAACUAAUGACAAUGACCAAGCAGUUGUGGAGAUCUGUAUCACUCGAAUCACCACAGCCAUCAGGGAAACAGAGUCCAUAGAGAAACAUGGGAAGGCCCUUAUUGCUCUCUUGGAGUCUUGCCUAGAGCACAAUCUUAAACCUUCAGGAAAAGAUGAAGACACACCACAUGCAAAGAUUGCUUCUGAUAUUAUGAGCUGCAUUUUGCAGAAUUAUAAUCAUCCUCGCAUCAUGGCAUUGGCUGUCCCAGUGGCAGUGAACUUUCUGCAGAGGGGUAAUAAAGAACUGUGCAGGAACAUGUCAAGUUAUCUUUCCCUUGCUGCAAUUAGCAAAGCAGAGCUACUGGCUGAGCAUACAGAAACAAUUGUAAAAAGUAUCCUUCAAGGGAAUUCCAUGUUGCUACGUGUAUUACCUUGUUUGUAUGAAAAGCAAUCACAGACGAUUAACAGCCGUCUAAAAGAUCUGGUAAAAUUGAUGUCUCAUCUGGAACAACCUGAACAGCACCACUUAUUGCGGCUUUUGCUUAUAGUUGCCAAGAAAAAACAGCCAAAGGUGCUCAAAGAAUGUAUUCCCUCUUUAACUGGUCACCUAAGAGACCCCCAUCAUAAUGACAUCAUCCUAAAUAUACUGAUAGAAAUAUCAGAAUAUGAACCAGAGGUAUUGACCAAUUUGCUUCCAACACUGAAGGAGAUUGGGGAGAGUUUCCCAAAUCUGAUUGGACAAACAGCAAAGAUCUACGGAGCUGUUGGACACAUUGAUGAGGAAAAAGCCCGGAUCUGCCUGAUCUACUUGGUUAAUCAGCUGGCCAAUAUGGAACAUUCAUUUCACCAUAUCCUUCUGUUGGAGAUCAAGCACAUCACAGACACCUUUUCCAAUAUCCUGGGCAUCCAGAGCAGAGACAUUUACCGUACGAGUAACAGUUUCAGUGCUAUAGCUAAGCUUCUCAUCCAACAGCUGGAAAACGGCACUACCUCUGAGAGCAGGCUAGAAGAUGUUGCUGAAACAGAAUCUCCUUCACAGCCGGAUGAUUUAAAAUCCAUUAUGAAUGGGAAUGAAGAUGAUGAAAAGCUUCAGGUCAAAAUACAAGCUUUUGAAGAGAAAAUAAAUACUGACAACAGUACUCCUGGCUCUGUACGCAGGUAUAGUCUAGGCCAGGUUUCUAAAGAAGAAAGAAAGGACAUUAGGUUUAACAGGUCCAAAAGUCUAGCUUUGUAUGCCAUUCGUAUGAAGGGUGUUCAUUCGGACAAUGGACAAGAGAUGGAGAAUGGAGAUGUUACAGUCGGCAUCUCUUUCACAGAUACCUGUUUGAGCCAAGAAGCCGACAAAUUGCCUUCCAAUGCAGACACUGAAGAGUCACAGCUGGAACAAUCUUCACUUUCACACCCAAGUAUCAAAUGUACAGAACCAGCAAAUCUGCCAGAACCUGUUAAAGAAAACUGCCAUGAAGGGAGCCUGAAGACAAUAAAGAAUCCUGUAGAGUAUCAAGAUAAGCUUUACUUUCACUUAAAGGAAAAUCUCUCUAAAGUGAAAGCAUAUGUCAUGGAGAUGGGGAAAAAAAUUCCUUUCCCAGAUGAGUGUGUUAUUGAAGAUACUGUUAGAAGUUGCAUAGCAAAGUUGUUCUUCAGUUGUCACCUGAAAGGUCAUUACUGCCUGUACAGUAAAUCCAGUUUUACUCUCAUCAGUCGACAGCCUCAGCUUUGGAUCCAUAUCAUGUUUCUCCUUCAGCAGAGCUUGUUCCCAGAACCUUUGUCCAUGCAAAAUAAUUCUGUGCAAGCCUUGAAAGCCUUGUGGGAGAAAACCCAGCUGAAGGGAACACACAGCUUUGAAACAGCAAUGAUUCAGUCUACGUUUCUGCACCAGAAGGAUCUGGACCAUGUACAGAUACAUCUGGAAGAAGUGAGGUUCUUUGAUUUAUUUGGUUACAGCGAGGAAGCAGAGGCUUGGCAGUGUUUCAUGUGUAAUAACCCAGAAAAGGCAACAGUUGUGAAUCAAGAUGGCCAACCCUUGAUUGAAGGCAAGCUGAAAGAAAAGCAAGUUCGAUGGAAGUUCAUCAAAAGGUGGAAGACCCGCUAUUUCACACUUGCUGGCAAUCUUCUCUUUCGCAAAGGAAAAUCUGAGUCCCCCCGGAACUUCACAACUACCAAGUCUGCACCCCUAAAGAUGACCCAGACGAUUGCCCCAUUGAGCUCAGUAAGGUCCAGAGUGUCAAGGUGGUGGCCAAGAAGCGCAGAGAUCGCAGCCUUCCUCGGGCCUUUGAAAUCUUCACAGACCGUAAGACCUACGUUUUCAAGGCCAAAGAUGAAAAGAAUGCUGAGGAGUGGCUCCAUUGCAUUAAUGUAGCAGUCGCGCAAGCUAAAGAAAGAGAAAGCAGAGAAGCAACCACGUAUUUGUAAGAACUGUGGGUCUGUUUAUAACACUUACAAGGCAGUAUGUCAGUAUGCAAACAUUUCAUCAUCUGAGCCACAGUAGGAAAAACAGUCAGUUUCAGACUGUGCCAGCUGAGUAACGUGGCAAUGUUCCUCUUUUACGAGGAGUGAGGAGGAGAGCGGUGCAUCUGAUGCCACAUUCACAAUAGUUGCUUCAGGUUGACAAGUGUGCUACCUGCUGUCCUGUUCUACAGUGUUUGCUCAUGGAACUAUUUCCAGGACAGCAUUCACUGCUCCCUUUUCUAGGGUGCUGCAGUUCAUCAUAGAAAGAACAACCUCCUUUCUCAAAAGCACAAGUGAAGAAAGCACUGGGUUACAUAGCUCCAGUGAACAUGCCCUUCCUUGUGGGGAUAAAAAAAAAAGUGAAGAAUGCACUCCUGUAUAUAGAGCCAAUGUGUACAGUACAGAAGCAAGGUCUUGCUCCUGAAUAAUACCUACAGAAGUACCUAUGAUUGUCUUUGUCUUGAAUAUAGCUUAUGUAGUGUGCAACAGAAAUUUGGUCAUGUGUGUGGAGUGACACAGUGGCUGGACCCUACUUUAGGCAGCAUAGGCCUUUAUGUGCUGGAAAGCCCAGCACCCACAACCAUGGCAACUAUGAACAUCAUGAAAUGAUGUAUAGCCUUGGUGUCUACCAUGUCUUCCUUGUAGAGCACCCAGAUAAUAUCUAUAGCUCUUAUUACCUUUCCAACGGCAUUAUACGUAACCACUCUGCCUUCCAACCCAUUUUGGCUGCAUUUUCAGUGGAUGUAGGACCCACUCAGGAUGGCUUUGUACAUGUACUCUGGAUAUGGCCCUAAAUGUUUUGAUGAUAGUCACGAAUAUGUGAGCAACAUAGAAUGAGAUUAUUUCUUUGCUUUAGAUUAUGAAAGUGCUGGAAGUUGACAGGUUCUUCUGUGUAUCUCUCUUCUCCAAGUGCCACAGGGUAUGUAAAGUAGAGGAAAUUCACUCAAACCAGUACAAUGCAUAAAUGAAAACCAAAGCAUAAACUUUAUUGAACCUGCUGCUACAGAGGUCCAUGUGCAGCAUACUCAUAAAGUUCAGCUGCAAACCAGCCUUGCCCUACAUAAGGUUGCAUAUAAUCACUUUCAUGUCCUGCUAAUGAACAAUGUUCCUGGUGCCAGCAAUGAACACAUAAGUUGAUAGAUAUACUAGCCACACAUACAUCCCAACCCUAUCAGCUGUAACUAGUAUUUCCGGUGGUCACCUCCUUUAUGAAUGCAGGCCUUUGCUAGACUGCAUGAACUCAGAAAUAUUAUGUCUGGAUUUAAUUCCUCUGGCAAUUUGAUUGGAAAGUCCACUGAUAACAUUGUAGGGUGGUGGAAUUGUAAAUACAAGCCUAGUAUACAGAUGGCUUUAUCUUUCCACUGAAGAGACCUCAUCAGAGUCCAGAGAGGCAUCUUAUCCCAUCAGCAUUGCUGUAAUGUGGUUUGGGGUUAAGAGGGCAGGCUUUUUAUCUACAAAUCAUGCCAGGUUUCAGCUGGAAUUUUAGCAUCACAGAGACUUUUAUUUUGCUGGAUGUUGGCUUCAGGUCAGAUCAGUUUUGUGCCUGCUGCCUAUAUGUUAUAGCUCCUUCAUUAUUACUAUUAUUUUAACCCUUGGUAUUUUCAGCUUCUUUAUAUAUACAUCUCAACUCCAGGGUCUUUAUCCUUCACUAAAACCUAUUACUGCAUUUGCUCACUUUCAUUGGUGCCAUUAUGUAUUCCUCCCCUCUUUCUGUUGGAAAUUUUAGAUUGCAAGCUCUCUGGGGCAGGGUUCUUUUUGCUUAUGUGCUCUGUAAAUCACCAUAUACAUUGGUAGUAUUACUGAAGGCAGAAGAAGAGGAGAAUUAAUAAUAAUAAAUAGUAAUUAUUAUUUAUAGUACAAAGCACUUAAGUCAAGUUUUAUAAGCAGUAAGACUUCUGCCCACAAGAAGCUUAAUCUGAAAUAUUGAUGUAUGGCUAAAUGAGGAACAGACAGCAGAUUUGGAUAGCUUGCAGAACUGGAUUAACCAUUGCAUUUCUAAUAAACAGAUAAGCUAAAAUGGGAAAGUUAUUGCUGAUCUAAUUUUUAUAUCUCUUAACACUGCAAUAUUCUUAAAAUUAUAGUUCUCUGAUGGAAUAUUUUUCAGAAAAUAAUAUUCAAAUUAAAAUCUGGGGAUUUCCUCUAUCUCUUGAAGUUUCCUUUCUCUAUAAUUGAUAUAUGUUGAUGUUUUUUAGCCACACCUGUCUCCACCCCAUUCAUUUAGUCCCUACUAGACACCUAGCCAAAUUAUAAUUAGCUUUUGGAAAUGCCUGCUAUCCAAUUAAGAACUCUGCUUGGCUACGGUUGUAUUAUUGUAUAGUUUCUUGCAUUAACCUGAUUAAAGAAACCUGUUGUGUGGUAAUUUAAAAUGUUAACAGCAAUUGUACAUAAGGAAAUUAACUCUGCCCCCUUGAGGACCCACAAUCCAACGGCACAUCUGUAAGUGAGAUGCUUAGGUAAGUCUCUUCAGGCAUCCAAUUAUAUAUUUAUCAUAUUUCUGUUGCAUCUUUCCACCAAGGAGCUCAAGGUGGUGUACAAACAUGGUUCUCCCCCUCCUGAUUUUAUCCUCACAAUUCCUGCAAGGUAUAUAAACAAAAGAACAUUUGUCUGUGUGUGCAGCACAUAAUUACUCAAAUCUAUCGCCACAAAUUGUUGUUAUAGUCCCUAGCUUAAAUGGCUUUAAAAACACGAAUUCAUGGAGGAUAUUCUGUCAUGGAUAUUAUCAGCCAAAUGUGUAUUCUCCCGCUGCUGCAAGCUGUCCUUGAAUCUUUUGUUGAUCUAGUGAGAGAACAGCCUUUUACCAAUCUAACUCAAAAGAUUAAUCCAAAGUAAGCAGAGACAAAUCUAUUAGUGACUCCUCCUUUGUGUUCUUUAUUUCUUCUGGGUGUGUUUGUGUUUAUUGUGCUGAAGCCUGGCUUUUCUGUGUAUUCUUUAACAUGGUUCCGCUAGAAAUUUUACACACUAGAACCUAUAUCUAUACAGUACAGUGGCUUUCUCUAGGCAAAGUCCUCCUGACCUGAGACACAAGCAUAAUCCAUAAACACAUGCCUUAAAGCAUUUCAAAUUAUAACUUGGCGUGCACCUUCCCAAAGGUUGGCAGGAGACCUGCCUCAGAUAGACAAUAUGUCAUAUUCCCACUCUUCACACUUUAAUUGGAACAGGAUGUCAUGCUAAAUCAUGUCACGUGGUGUGUGACUGAGAACAAAACUCCUUAUGAAACACUCCCACAAAAUGUGAGAUUUGAGAGAACUUUGAGACCAACAGGAUAUUUACAGAUAAAAAGAGAUAAAAGUUAACAAUGGCACUAAUGAUGUGGGCUAGAAAAGAAGGAAAUUUGACUAACAACCGCUACAACUUUUUAACCAGGUCCAGACUGCUUCAGCUGCUCUUGGGUGCCUAGAAACAGUUCUGAAAUUUUAAGGUUCUUAGAAUAAAUGAAGAAAAAAGUUAAACUCCAUAGGUUUCAAAGCAUUCUAUGACUUUUCUGUUCCUUUCCCACAGUUGACAUCAGAAGGCGUAAAUCAACAUUAAAUUUGGCCUACCUGACAUGAACAGAAUCCUUGCUGAGGAUUUAUUGUUAUUUCUUUUCCCUUUAACUCGGCUCCACAUGAGGAAACCCAUCAACAUGAACAAGGCUCCCCUUUAACUCCUUUCGAGGAGUCUUUAGAGUCAGAAGAUCUUCAACUUUUGGGGUCCUUUUGUGACCUCCCAAAGCUUGAACAAUCUGCAAUAAUUAGGAGAUUGGACCGACUAAAAACGAGUCUGUGUCAACUCUUACCUGCAAAUAAUAACCAAGUUGAAAAUGGAGAAAUGCCCCAAUUGCUCAAAUCAGCUGACAAAAUUUUAAGUUCAAUUGACCCUCCUUCUCCCUCUUAUUUUUCUUCACAGAGUUGUUUUACCUGCCAAGUUGCAAUUGAAACAUCUAGGGCCCCCUUAAAUCAAACUCUAAUUCAAGGGCAUACGACUACUGCUAGACACUUAAACACCACAUCUCUACCUCUAAAUGGCUCAACGUGGAUAGCCUCUCUUUUUCUUGAUUCUGACGAACUGGGCUCUCCAUCAAAACAGGAGUGCCCACCUGAAAACUUACCUUAUAAUUCUAAUUUAAUUCCUAAUAAUGGCUGCAUUCAGUAUUCAAACUUAGAUCAAAUUUCUCAUUUAAAUGGAUCUUCAACCUGAUUAUCUGUAAAUUCUCCCGAUAUUCCUGUAACACCGACAGUGCCAUUAGUCCAGCCUGUUCUCUCAACUUCAUAUACAGCGUCCAAACUACCGGUUUUAGAGAAUUCUUCUCUAACAAAAUUAAUAUCUUGGAAUAUUGCGGGUUGGAAAAAUAAAUCGGGUGACCCAGAGUUUAUUAAUUAUCUUAAAACAUUUGACAUCAUUUGCCUCCAAGAGACCUGGCUUCUUAACGACGACUUACCCUCUCUUGAAGGUUUUAAGAUCUGGUCUAAGUUGGCAAAGAGAACGGCAAAUAGAGGUCGUGGUAGUGGGGGCAUAGCCACUAUGAUUGCCACUACUUUAGAUACUCAAGUGGCCGAAUUAUUGAACACUGGGCUAGAUUUUUGUCUGACCUUAAAGUUAAUGACUCCAGGCAACCCGCCACUUAUUUGUAUUAAUGUGUAUUUCCCUCCCCUCCACCCAAAUUUAGUCACUCAAACUUGGCUAGACUUUAAUGGUUUUAUUGAUAAUUUAACGAGUGUCUAUCCUUUGAGCCCUU